AUGAAAAUCGAAGAACCGAACUAUGAAUGGUUAGAGGGACGUGCAUGCGAGAAUGACAAGAAUGGUCCUUACUUGUUACCAAUUGAUUCUGGCGAAAUUGAUAAACUGGAUUUCCAGCAUUAUAUUAUCAGAUAUGUUUUGACUUCUUAUUUCACGGCUCCAAUCGAUAUGUCGAAAGUUGAGAAAGUAUGCGGAUGUGGAUCAGGUAUAUGGACAAUGGAGAAUGCAACGAUGUUCCCUAAAACUUCGUUCGUCGGUAUCGACGUUCGAACCAUGGUUCCCGAGGAAAUUCGUCCGCCCAAUUGCGAAUUUCGAUACUGCGACAUAUUCGAAGGGCUGGACUUUCCCAGAAAUCAUUUCGACUACAUCUAUCAACGCUCGAUGCUAAGCAGUAUACCGGAGAAAAGGUGGAAUUAUGUUAUAAAAGAACUGAUCAGAUGCACUAAGCCUGGAGGAUAUGUCGAGCUCACCGAAAUGCAAAUAGGCCUUCACAAUCAGGGCCCGUAUUUGAAAAAACUUCACCGCUAUGUCAACAAAGCGUUUGAACUACGAGGCAUCUACCAACGCACCAUAAAACGUCUUCCCAAGCUUCUGGCAAAAUCCGGAUUGGUGGAUGUCAGCGUAAAGUCAAUAUCGAUCCCUUGCGGACACUGGGGCGGUCAGGUCGGAGAGUGGAUGAGAGAUAAUGUGAUUGAGGUGAUCAAAGCGUACAAGUUGUUUUGUAUCAAGCAAGGAGUGAUUGGAGGUGGUAAUGACAAGGAAGGUGGAUCCCGAAGGAAGGAAGGAACAAAGGGUGACAAUGGGGAAGAAAAGAUCGUGAAUGAUAAAAGGAAACAUGAUGAAAGGGAUGAGUGGGAUUUGGACGCGGAGAAGGCGAUGGAAGAAUGCGAAGAGUUUAAAUCCUAUAAUAAUGUUUUGAUUAUAGUAGGCCGAAAACCAAGAGAGGGUGAGUUGGUAGAUACAUUAAAAGACUUUGAAUCAGAAGACCUGGAGUUAAGGUUAAAAAAGUUGAAGGUGGAUGAACUCGAAACCGAAAAUUCAAAUGAUAAGAGUGAGCGCGAUGGGGGCGAGAAGGCUAUUGAAGAAGCAGAUAUUAGCGACGAAGAAGAUUUAAGAGACACUGAAGAGUCGUAG